UGGAGUAAUCGAGCCAGUGAUGACCGAGUCGUAAGGUCAUCGAGUUGCAACCUGAACAACUACGCUGUGGACUGUUACAAAUUUUCGGCACAACUACCUAGUGUAUCCAUUGUCAAUCGUCUCUAUUGACACGAACAACUAACCUCAGAAGAUACAGAAUACACAAAAACAUAUAAAAUCAAGAGAAGAUGUUGAAAUAAUCGUAAAAGACAGUAAGUGUCGUGCACAGAAGACAAGAAAGAAAAAUCGUGAUUAAAGAUAAACGUAGAAGAACAAAUCGAAGAAACGUGACGAAGAAACGAAAGGAAAGAUUCUGUGAGAGGAAAAGGAAAGCGGAACAAGUAAACAGGGAAGAUAAGAACCUAGUGUUUCGCGAUUAGAUUGACAGAAAGUGUGAAUAAGAGGAAGACGUGGACAAAGAAAAGGAAAAGCCGAGGGCAACGGUUUCGACAAUCCAGUGGUAUAUGCCCGUGACGUGUACUCUCGCUGAGAAAUCGAGCGGUAGAGUGAAAGUCAGCUGCCUCCUAAAUUCAAUCGAGUUUCGAGUGUGCUAGACGUUGUUUAACAAUACCGCUCACUUAUUUGGGAAUUCUUCCUUGGAUACCUGCUGAAGUAAGGAAACGAAAUCGAAGGCAAGACGUAAACAAAAGAAGUCAAGACUCGUGAGACACUACUUCUAAGAUGGGUACCAUUCUACAACAAUCAAUACUGAGAGGCCGGCAGAUUAGCAACACUGGCAAGGAAAAGGAUUUACUUCAUACAUUAUUCAGUCAGGCAGCGACAAAUUAUUCCAGUCAGCUAGCAAUUCGCUACGAAGAUGACAAUGGAGAGGAGUAUACGAUAUCCUACAAAGAAUUAAACGAGCUAACCAAUAAAUUGGCCAGAGUUUUCCAAAAGCUCGAGAAACCAGAAAACUCAUCGAAAUCUUUCGUGGCGGUGUGCAUGAAACCUUCGCAUCGACUACCAACCGUAUUGGUCGCUAUAUUGAAGGCCGGUAUGGCAUAUCUACCCUUGGACGCGGAGUUUCCAAUGGCCAGGGUGAAACAUGUUCUGCAGGAAGCGAAACCUUUCACAGUGAUAAUAGAGCAAGGAGCGGAUCCAUCAAUCUACGAGGGAACAAGUACGAUCACUUACGAAGAGUUGUUGGAACGAUCCGAAGCCGAAAAAACAGAGGAUUUGGAAAGCGAAGAGGAACCUGAACGUACUGCUAUUGUUUUGUAUACAUCUGGUAGCACAGGUGCACCUAAAGGAGUACUUCUACCACAUGCGAGUGGGCUGAACCGGCUGCAAUGGCAAUGGCGAGAGAUACCUUAUGCGACGGACGAGGAACAUUGCGUGUUCAAAACGUCUCUGACUUUUGUGGACAGUGUCUCCGAAGUUUGGGGACCCUUGUUGCAAGGACGUACCUUAGUAGUCGUUCCUAAACAUGUUACUAGAGAUCCGGAAAGAUUCGUAACGAUAUUAGAGAAGUACAAGAUUCAACGAUUGGUGUUGGUCCCGUCUUUGUUACACUCCAUACUGAUGUACUUGAGUCUACGGAACAAGGAUACUAUGUUACGUUCACUGAGACUUUGGGUAUGCUCCGGGGAAACGUUGCCAGUUUCAUUGGCGGAUCAGUUCUUUGCCACAUUCGAGAACGAUAAUAAAACCUUAGCGAAUUUUUAUGGAAGCACGGAAAUCAUGGGUGACGUUACCUAUCAUCUUCUGAACAAUCGAAAUCAACUACAGUUGUUGGAGAAAGUGCCAAUUGGAAAGCCAUUAGACAAUUGCAUCAUUUACAUUGUGAAUAAAGAAAUGCGACUGGUAUUACAAGGGGAAGUUGGGGAACUGAUAGUUGCCGGAAGAAAUCUUGCGACAGGCUACAUUCGCGAUAACGAAUGUUGCAAGUUUCAGGACAACCCUCUUGCAAUCGAUCUAGAGUACUCAAGGAUCUAUUGCACUGGUGACUAUGCGAGAAUAUCAAAGGGAGUAGUUGUAUAUGAAGGACGCGUAGAUUCCCAGAUUAAAGUUAGAGGACAUCGUGUAGAUCUCGCGGAAGUGGAGAAAGUAGUAACUAGGGCACCUGGAGUGGACAAAGUGGUCGUCCUUUGUUACAAACCCGGUGAAUUAUCUCAGGAACUAAUUGCUUUCAUAACUACUGCAAAUAAUUCGUCUACCUGCGCACUAGAAAUUGAAACGUUUCUGCAAGCUAACAUACCUGUAUACAUGUUACCACGAGUCAUCAUCGUAGACAGCAUACCUCUUUUAACAAACGGGAAAACUGAUCGUCAGGCGCUGUUAAAACACUAUGAGUCUUCCAAUCUUAAUAACGAAAGCGACCAGUGUAUGAAAUGCGAUUACACUGAUGUACCAGAAAAGGACCUCGCAAAAGCGAAAGUACUGUUUCCAACGGUAGCAACCGUGAUCGGAGAAGGAAGUCGAACGAACGUUAAGCUUAAUUCAAAUUUUUAUGAUCUUGGUGGAAAUUCUUUGAACUCGAUAUAUACGGUAACGAAACUUCGAGAUCAAGGUUAUGAGAUAGGCAUCACGGAGUUCAUCACCGCGAAGAGUUUAGCCGAGGUGUUAGAUCGAAUGAAGAUUAGCACUGACGUCGAUAUUCCUCCCGAAACCGAUCUUAAUGAGGAGAAGCACAUUUUUGAGAUGUUGAACGAUUCUCACAAAGAAGAUGUGAUAGAGAUUAUUACAGAAAGUUUCUACAGCAAAGCAGAUUUAGAGCAAUGGUUAAUGCCAGACAUAACAAAAGAACACUACCACAUAAUGAUGGAGAUACUUUGGAAACCUUUAAUAGAGAAAAAUUUAAGUUUCGUAAUAAAAUCAUCAGAAGAUGGCAAAACAAUUGGAGUAGGAUUAAAUUUCGAUCUCUGGGAUGAACCUGAAUUAAUCCUUGAUUCCAAAUUAAUGAUUGUUUUUGAGUUCCUGGAGUUCCUGGAAGCGCCUAUUAGGGAACGGAGAUUACCGAAAGGAAAGGGCCAGAUUAUUCACAAUUUUAUGAUGACGACAAGCAGUGAUCGAAAUUCCGCCGAAAAUGUGAUUUUAAUGAAAGAAAUGGAAGAAUACUGUUUAAGAAUGGCUAAAAGGAAAGAAUACGCUGGAAUAUUUACUACGAAUACAAGUCCACUAACACAGCAACUUGGAAUAGAUGUGUUUGGAUACGAAACGAUGUUGACUUACCAAGUAAACAGGUACAAUGCCCCAGAUGGUACAAAGCCCUUUGGAAAAGCACCGGACAGUCAACUGGCUAUUUGCGCGUUAAAAAUGAUCACUUAAUAUCCUCUGAAAAUAAACCGGAAAUUACUGAUUCAUGCUAUACAAGUGCCCCUCUUACUUAGA